AUGGCGCUCCGGUCGCGCCGCACCGAGCCGUGCCCAUUGGCAAAAAAAUACCACCCUGACACAAACAAGGAUGACCCCAAAGCGAAGGAGAAGUUCUCUCAGCUGGCAGAAGCCUACGAGGUGCUGAGUGACGAGGUGAAGCGGAAGCAGUACGAUGCCUAUGGCACGGCGAGCUUCGAGGCCGGUGCUGCCGGGGCCGGCGCCGGCACGGGGCGGCAGUACUGGAGCGGCGGCCCCUCCAUUGAUCCCGAGGAGCUUUUCCGGAAGAUCUUUGGGGAGUUUUCGGGAUCUCCUUUCGGCGAUUUUCAGAGUGUCUUUGACCAGCCACAGGAGUAUAUCAUGGAACUGACGUUCACCCAAGCUGCAAAAGGUGUUAACAAGGAGAUUGUGGUGAACAUCCAAGACUCCUGCGAGCGGUGCGAUGGCAAAGGGCACGAACCGGGCACCAAAGUGCAGCGCUGUCACUACUGCAACGGCACAGGCAUGGAGACGAUAAACACGGGCCCCUUUGUGAUGAGAUCCACGUGCCGGCGCUGCGGCGGCCGGGGCUCCAUCAUAACCACGCCCUGCGUCGUGUGCCGGGGAACGGGGCAAACCAAGCAGAAGAAGACAGUGAUGGUUCCUGUGCCAGCUGGAGUUGAGGAUGGGCAGACAGUUCGGAUGCCUGUGGGGAAGAAGGAAAUUUUCAUUACGUUCAGGGUUCAGAAAAGUUCUGUGUUCAGAAGGAAUGGAGCAGAUAUCCACUCGGAUCUCCCGAUCUCAGUAGCACAGGCUGUGCUGGGAGGCACAGCCCGAUGUCAAGGCUUGUAUGAGACAAUCAACAUCACAAUACCCCCUGGUAUUCAGCCAGACCAGAGAAUUCGAAUGAGUGGGAAAGGCAUUCCCAAGGUCAACAGUUAUGGCUACGGAGACCACUACAUCCACAUAAAGAUAAAAGUCCCUCAGAGGCUGACGGAUCGCCAGCGAGCCUUAAUGAUGAGCUACGCGGAGGACGAGACGGACGUGGAUGGCACAGUGAACGGGGUCACAAACACAGCGUCAGGGAAACGUUCUACUGGGAACUAGGAGCUAGCAGCAGCAGGUCAUCUGUGCAGUUGGGGGUGAAUCUUUCUGGCAGCAGGCUCUGGAGAGCACAGGAUGUCAGCUGGCAGCACAGCAAGAAUCUCAGCUGGAGAGGCCACAGACCACCGAGGCACCAACACCCAUCGUGAUACAACCCCCCCCCCACCAUCCAAGGAACUGGCAAUGAAGGAAAAUGCCAGCUUUGCAGAGAUGGGGCUCUCUGGAGGCUGCUCCACAGCCCUACUGCUGCUGGAAGCUCAUUGGGUAAAAAUUAAAGUUGAAGUAUUAUUUAGAAUCCAAACCAGAAGAAAUGUGAAAUAAACUGUCCUUCCAGCACAGAGCAGAGCAGUUUGCUGUAUGGAGCCCAAGUCUCCACCUGCUGCUCGCUCAGGUGCCCUUUGCAAUGCCAGGUGUGCUUGGUGAACUCACCACUGCUCACCUUCUCCCAGGAGACCUGGUGGGUCAGGGAGGUUUAACCCUGUCUUCACGACAGCCCUGCUGCCCUGCACAGCUCUGAGUGGAAUCUCCCUGGGCCUUGUCCGAGCCCACGUGCCCUGGCUCCCUCACAGCCGUGGGCUUUCUCAGCCCUGCUGAUUGCCUGCACAGAGCAGUGGUGGCAUCUGCACUUUGCCUCAGGUUUAACCCCCAAAUAACUAAAGUUACCACACAACUGCUGUCGCUUCUGAACGGGUACAAGUUGAUCACCAAGCCCUUGGGGACAAAAUCUUUUUAUUACCUUAGCGCAACACCCGUAGCAUAAAGGAUUGGUCAGAGCAUCGUUGUUUUACAUGUGUGAGAGUGCAAGUGAGGUGGAUCACUCCUUCCAGGUGCAGCUGAGCUCUUGCAGUGAGUAUCCCAUGGUUACUGUGUUAGUGAUACCGUGCAGGUACCAUCAGCCCACGUACUAAUAACCAGUUAAACGGGGACAUGUUGUAGUCUUGCCCUUCUUAAUUUGCUGAAAUAAAGCACGCGUUGCCUCCUGAUUAAACUGUCUGUAAAGUGAUUCUGUAUCCAUGUAAAUAAGAUGGACUUCAUAAAGAUAUUUAACAUGU